AGACCAGAAGUGGGCUCCCAGGCACCCAUCUUCCUCUAGCACUACACACCUGCUAUACUUUAAAUUCCUAAUCUGGUUUUGCAUAUUUAAAAAGAAACACACACACACACCAAAACCCAACAACCGGCGAGGUGCAAAACUGCCUUCCGCAACUAACAAAACUUACCAGACGCUCCAGUUGUUUUUGUCUUAACAAAAGGACAACCAAGAUUUUACCCUGGGUCCUCCUGUGGGGUGACUUUUCUGUAUUAUUCCAAUAUGUAUACAUUAUACAUAUAUAUGUUUUUCCUUUUUCCCCUUUAAUUUUUUUUUUUCCUUUAACAAGAAAAUCUUCUCAGUCCCAGGCAACCGCUGCUGCCCCUUUGAUGUUUUGGUACGCCGUGCGCAUGCGCUUCACAUUAGAAUUACUGCACUGGGCAGACUAAGUUGGAUCUCCUCUCUUCAGUGAAAUCCUCAAUCCCAUCCAAAACUAAAGGGAUGUGGAGAGUCCGGAAAAAGGGCUACUUUGGGAUUUGGUCGUUUCCCUUAAUAAUCGCUGCUGUCUGUGCGCAGAGUGUCAAUGACCCUAGUAAUAUGUCGCUGGUUAAAGAGACGGUGGAUAGACUCCUGAAAGGCUAUGAUAUUCGGCUGAGACCAGAUUUUGGAGGUCCCCCCGUGGCUGUGGGAAUGAACAUUGACAUUGCCAGCAUCGAUAUGGUUUCUGAAGUCAAUAUGGAUUAUACAUUGACAAUGUACUUUCAGCAAGCGUGGAGAGAUAAGAGGCUGUCCUAUAAUGUAAUACCUUUAAACUUGACUCUGGACAAUAGGGUGGCAGACCAGCUCUGGGUGCCCGACACCUACUUCCUGAAUGAUAAGAAGUCUUUUGUGCACGGAGUGACCGUCAAGAACCGCAUGAUCCGCCUGCAUCCAGAUGGGACGGUCCUGUACGGCCUCAGAAUCACAACCACAGCUGCCUGCAUGAUGGACCUAAGGCGGUACCCACUGGAUGAACAAAAUUGCACCCUGGAAAUUGAAAGCUAUGGAUAUACAACUGAUGACAUUGAGUUUUACUGGCGUGGGGAUGAUAAUGCAGUCACAGGAGUAACGAAGAUUGAACUUCCACAGUUCUCUAUCGUAGACUACAAACUUAUCACCAAGAAGGUGGUUUUCUCCACAGGUUCCUAUCCCAGGUUGUCCCUCAGCUUUAAGCUUAAGAGAAACAUUGGUUACUUCAUUCUGCAAACAUACAUGCCAUCUAUCUUGAUCACUAUCCUCUCCUGGGUCUCCUUCUGGAUUAAUUACGAUGCUUCAGCUGCAAGAGUGGCAUUAGGAAUUACAACUGUGCUAACCAUGACCACGAUCAAUACCCACCUUCGGGAGACUCUCCCUAAAAUCCCCUAUGUGAAGGCCAUUGACAUGUACCUGAUGGGGUGCUUUGUCUUUGUUUUCAUGGCCCUUCUGGAAUAUGCUUUGGUCAACUAUAUCUUCUUUGGGAGGGGACCUCAACGCCAAAAGAAAGCAGCUGAAAAAGCUGCUAGUGCCAACAAUGAGAAGAUGCGCCUAGAUGUCAACAAGAUUUUUUAUAAAGAUAUUAAACAAAAUGGGACCCAAUAUCGAUCCUUGUGGGACCCAACUGGAAACCUCUCCCCAACUAGACGGACUACCAAUUACGAUUUCUCUCUGUAUACGAUGGACCCCCAUGAGAAUAUUUUACUGAGCACUCUUGAGAUAAAAAAUGAAAUGGCCACGUCUGAGGCUGUGAUGGGACUUGGAGACCCCAGGAGCACAAUGCUGGCCUAUGAUGCCUCCAGCAUCCAGUAUCGGAAAGCCGGGUUGCCCAGGCAUAGUUUUGGCCGAAAUGCUCUGGAACGGCACGUGGCACAGAAGAAAAGCCGCCUGCGGAGACGUGCCUCCCAGCUGAAAAUCACCAUCCCCGACUUGACUGAUGUGAAUGCCAUAGAUCGGUGGUCCCGCAUAUUCUUCCCAGUGGUUUUUUCCUUCUUCAACAUCGUCUAUUGGCUUUAUUAUGUGAACUAAACCAUAGCCUCCUGUGGGAAGCAAGGACUAGAUCCCUCCUCAAACCAGUUGUACAGCCUGACGUAGAACUUGGAAAACAUCAAUCCAGGAUAAAAGUGAUGCUAAAAUACCUUAGUUGCUGGCCUAUCCUGUGGUCCAUUUCAUACUGUUUGGGUUGCUUCUGCUAAGUCAUGAAUACACUAGGGUCCUAGUGGUUUUCCAGUUAAAAUGUAAGUGAUGGGUACAAAAGCUGAGUCUGAGUAUUCCAUUUUAUCUGCUUAGUAUGCAGCCUAUACAGAGGGGAAGAAUUUAGAAGAUAUUCUAGAAGGCUCAGUAGCAUCAUCAGUCAUUUCGCUGAGAAGUGAUCAUGUCCGGAUACCCCCCAUCUUUAGUCCUAAGGUUGGCAUGCUCUUGAGAUGGCACUGUGCUUAUGAAACACAAUCUUCAGUGUCAUGCAGACAUGCUUACUGAUGAUGGUCUAUGCCCAUCUUCUUAAGAUCGUAAUGGUGCCAUAGGAGGUUAAUUCCCACUGGAUUCUAGAAGGUUCUCAUGUAGUUUGAACAGGCUAGGGAAAGUCAAGACAGAGACCCAGGAAACAAAUUUGGCCAGCCUCUAUUUGCUUGAGCAUGAGAAUCGACUCUGACAUCUUCCAUUUUGACACUAAGAGAUGAGGAAACUUCUGAACAUUGUCAAAGAAAUUUUUUUUUAAAGGCUAUUUCAGAGGUAGUUAAAAUAAGAGUUAAUAACCCAAAGCAGGGUUAAAAAAUCCAGAAAUGACUGUUGUGACAAAAUUAAAGCAAGCAGCAUGACCCUUAUCAGCCCCUUAUAGUCUCUGGUCCAUAUAUACUGUGUUCAGUAGGAAAAGGUAGAAUGAGAAAGAUUUUUUUUUCCUCCAACCCCACAAGCUUUUGACAGCAUACCUAAAGAAGAUUUUAUGAUUUAUAUAAUCAAAAGACAAUCCCAAAUAGAAAAGUUAGUGGAAUUAGAAGUAUCUUAGGUUACACUGGGAGGUGUUCCAAUAUAUGAAUGUAAAGCACAGACAAAAUUAGGAAACAGGGUGCUUUUCUCACAGUGUCAGCUGUCUCUACAACAUUUUCCUGCAAAUUUAUUUGUGAAUUUAAUACAGUAUUCCAAAAGAAGGAUUUUUUUUCAUUUCUUUAGGGGAUCAAUGGUCUUUCCCAAAUUUUCUUGCUUCUGAAAUUCUGAUAGUAUUCUUAGGAGACAAAGUAAGGCUUUGAAGAGAUUGAGAGAACUGUAUUUCCUUCUGUGCAGUGAAGUCCACCUUUGUCUCUUUCAUAGCAAACAGUACUUCAAAUUUUUGUGCACAAAUAGGGUUAGUUUAUGAGUUUGUUGGGUUUGAUUUUAUAAAGGUGCUUUCACUGCGUAUGUUGCCAGCUGCCUAACCAAUGAAGCUAUGAAAGGUCAUGGAAAAUAGGAUUGGAAGAAAGUCACAAUAACAGGAUGAAUAUCAUCAGCCUCAGUUGAUACUAUAAAAAACUAUGUAACUGAUAAUCGGUCAGGCAGGAUGUAUGGUUUUUAAUCUAGCAGGCAGGAAGCAUGGUUUUUAAUUCAGUUUUUAAAUUAUGUCAUUGUGCUUCUUUCUCUAAUAAUUGGACACACACAUUCGUAUGUUGGACAGGAAAGAGAAUAAGCUGCUAUAUUUUAUUUCUAUCAGUAUGAGGUUCAUAUUUUGCCUUUCUUGGAGAAAAUAGUGAAUUGCUCAUUUUUCCUUAAAGUUUGAUUUGACUGAUUUUUUUCUUUGGAAGAUGAUUUUUCUAUUUUAAAAACAAGCACUUCUUUUCAGAUUAACAUGCCUAAUUGUCCAUAGCAACAAAGGCCAGUAUUUGCCUAUAGAUAAAAUGGUAUGUAUGUUUUCUUCCCCUGAUGAUUCGGCAGCUUAGAAUAGGAUGGAGUCCUGCUGCCCUUCUAUUCCCACUAUUUGAGGAAAAAAAAGUUAUUUAGCAUCCAGCUUUCUGAAUUUACCCCAAGAUGGGAUAUUUUUUUUUCACCAGCAUAGGAAACUCUGGCCCUUAUUUAUUUAUUUAUUUUUGUUAUACAUGUGAACACCUCUGAAUAUGAUCUUUAGGCAGAAUCCAACCAAUAUGCUUCCUGUGGCCUCAGAGCAAAGAUUCUUCAAGUUUUUCCAGGGACACACUUUCCCCUGGGCAAUCAUUUUGGGACAUCACACAAAUAAAAGUGCCUGCCCCUUGUCGCCAGGGGUUAAAGUUCGAGUGGUGUAUAUCAGGAAGAAGCAUAUUGAUAACUCAGGUGCACAACUCUAAAAUGCCAUUCUGGAAAGGUUUUUUCUAGAGAUAACUCAGCUCAAGUCUAAAAGUGGGCUCUUACUUGCAAUUAUCAUUAAAGCCAUAAAAAUCCCUGGUAGUGUCAUUGAUAGUUAUAACAACAUUUUGAUGUCCAGGGAAGUCAACAGAUAAAUCUAAAUCAAAGUGGAAAGAAGCAACUUUGCAGCAAUGAGCCUCAAAAGCAUAUGACCAGGGAUUCAGUUCUGCUUGUAGUGAUAAGAAAAAUCUAGGGAAGAGGAGAAAGAUGGGACCUUGGAACCGAAGCCCUAGAGCAAAAUCCAUAUAUUGGCAUUCAAUAACCAUGUAGAUAAAAAAACAGACUCAUCCUGCCCAGAGAUAAUGGUAGACAUAGACUUUAUUCUUAAACUACAUUUUUGUUAAGUUGAAUUGGACUGUAGAUACCAAAUUAGGGGAGGGCCAGGGAGGGGUGCUAGAUCUUUUAGUCUUCAAAAAGACCAGUCAGCUGGAUAUCUAGUGGUUAAACUAAAGGACCACACAAGUGUGUUUUGGCAAUUCUGAAAUGGUAUUACUAUCAGUUUAUACAUAUAUGUAUAGUUUUUCCUUUUGAUUAUAAAACAGCCAGAUAGCCAGCAAUUAAGGUGUUUUUUCAUCUUUGUGAAAUUCAUAGGCAAAUUCUAACUCUUAAAUGCACAGUCUAAAUGAAAUCUUUGAUCUCAAUCUGUAUAUAUAUAUAUUGUAUAUGACUGCUAGUAGGUAUGAAAUGCAUUUUCAGAAUUGAAAACUCAUGCAACAUAAUCAUGUGUUUGCAUAAGGAAUGUUACAAUUCUUUCUACUGCAAUUUAAUAACAGGGGAAAGAGUUUAGCAGUGCCAUUUAGACUUUUCUCAUUUCUUCAAAAGCAGUGCUAAGUGAAAAAAAAAUAAUAAUAAUAAUAAAAUGGUUUAGGAACCAAAAGACUUUACAUUCUAGCAUUAGGAACACACACACACAAAAAUGUGUCAAAAGCACAAUGCAUAGAGAAAGUUCAGUGGAAUGCAUAAUGGGGAAAUUAAUCAUGUUUUAAGCAAGACCUGCAUUAAAUUGGCAACUAAGGCAAUUUCCAUUUUCUAUAGGUAACUGUGUUCCAAUUUUAUGAUUAAAUUCAUACUCAGCAACAGACAGCCAACAAACAAGUCUUAAAACAUAUCUACAUGUAUAUAUGUGUAUAUAUAGAUCCAUAAAAACAUACAUAUAUAUGCAUUCAUAUGUUGGAAAACAAAAGGAAUAAGCUAAUAUGUUUUAUUUCCUUCAUUAAACAAGUGUAUUAAUAUUUUAAAUUUGGCAACCAACAAAUCAACAUAUUGAAAACAAGUAAUACAGGGUACUGAGCAUUUCUCUAUCAGCAAAUCAAUGCCUACAGUUCUUAUGAACCACUGCACAGUUCGACACUACAAUAGUACUGUACCUCAGAACAUGGAAAUUAACUAGUUUUCACGUUGCUUGUCUAUUUAUUCUCUUUUUCAAAGAAACCAAUAACAUUGUCUGUUGGUGAUUUAAAAACAAAAACUGUCUUAAGAAAACAGAAAAUGAUUUUAAAAAAUUCCUCCCAGGAGGACGAAAAAAAAAAAAAAAAACCUAAAUCCCACCAUGUUGGUUAGGGCAAAUACUCUCAACUGUAGCACCCAUAACCAUUUUGCUAAGUGUACAGAGUCCAUGUAAUGUGAGCAACCAUAACUUUCACUGAGUGUGUGUAAAUAUUAAAACAGAUUUCUUAAAUAUUUUUAACUUCUAAUUUGUAUUUUAUGGUAAGGCAACGUGCUAAUUCUGUUUAUGGCUUAAGUUGAUGUGUUACUAUGUAAAUAAUUAAACAUGCUGUAAAUGAAUAGUCAAUAGCUACAAAUAAUGGUUUAGCUUUUUUUCCCUUAAUUUCUAUUUAUUUUUUCUAAGCACAGUUACUGCAGUGCCCCAGCAGAGAAAUUUAAACACCCUUUUACAUAAAUGGUUUGGGAUCCCAGACAGAAGGGUUUCAAUUUGCUAUACACACAAUCUCACACACACACACACAAAUAUACACACAUAUACUCAUACACGCACACACACAGACAUUCAAACACACAUACCCUUUUGCCCACUCAGUUACUUACUCCCUUGUCACCUCUAUGGGAAACACUGUAGUGUUUAUGUAAUCAAGGUAACAGCCAAGAGAUUGCCUUAGAAAUGGCAACUGGAAGAAGCAGAAAUGAUCCCUGAUAACUUGAUAGAGUUUUUUAAUAUGUAAGAGUUCAAGAAACCAAAGGACAUAACUUAAAUUUCAAUUUUCAAAGAGUUGAAGUUUAUAUCGAUGGCACUACAGGAUACAAAAAUGCUUAUUAUCCAUACCUGCUCCAGAAAUAAAUGUUACAGACAGUACAUAGACAAGAACUUUUUUUCUUUAAUAAUAGCAUUUCGUUGUUAGAUAGUAUUAUUCCUUUUACCAAAGACUCCAGAAUUAUUAAAAAAAAAAAAGGAAAGAAAAAAGGAAAAAUGAGGGAAAAUGGGGAAAAAAAGACACUGCUUCACACCAAAGGUUUAAAAAAUAUUUUCCAAAUACAUUUAGGUACUUUGUAAAAAGUAGUAAGAAGCCAACAGAAUGCUAAUUAAGUUACUUCCCUAAAGACAUCAUUUAAGGGAAGAGGAAAAAAUCUUAAAUAUCUAUUUGGAAAUUGAAGUAAACUGUUUCUGUAGAUAUAUAUGCAAAAUGCUGGCAUCAGAUUUUAAUUUGCUUUAAGAAUUUGUUUUGUGGUCAAGAUAAAUAUGAUUCAAAGUGAAGAAAAACAAAAUUUUGUGUUUUUUUAAACUUUAAAACCAAAUGUCUCUCUCCUGUCACAUGUCGUUAUUCUGAUGCCCAUGUGUAUGUCUUGGCACCACCUGAAGCAAGCUGACAGUUCCAUCAGCUUGUAUCUUUCUCUUUUAAGUUCAAUAAUAUGAGUUCAAUGGUCAUUUUAAACACAAAGUUGACAAUAAUUUAAAUUCCAUAACAUUUUAAAAUUUUUAUUUGCAUGGGUGUUUAAAUAGUUCUGUUAUGAAUAUUGUCCCUGCACAGUUCUGAAAUGUCCUUUUAUAAAAAGUGAUAUUCUAGUUCCUUCACAAUGUAGUGAUUAUCAGCCUUACUAAUUACCUUGUAGCCUUUCUUAAUAUGCACAUAAUGCACAUUUUCCAAUGGCUAGAAAAACGCAAAACACAGUGGAUAUCAUUGCAUCUAUUUUCAUGUCUUUCUAAAAACAGGACUACUAAAAUCUCUGGGAUACAAGAGAUAGUGACAAAUGAGACUAUAAAUGAGUAGCACAUAAGAAUUAUUUUCUUGAAUUUAAACUUAUUACAGCCAGUUUCAGCAUGUAAAUAUAUAAUAAUGUUGGCUAGUGUGUAAUUCUUGAACUAAGAAGUAUAAAUAAAACUUAAAAAGGUGUGUGUAUGUGUA